AAUGCACAAUGCGUUCAGCAUUGGACCUUUCCGAACAGACCCGGUUCGUUCGAAAGGUUAGGCUCUCUCGAUCUCGCUCUGGCUCUUCCAAAUGUCGCAGGUUCCACCCGUCGGUGUCGCCGCUCGAGUUUUGCAGCACGGUUCACGCUCAGAUUGGAAGUUGGAGCCGGCGGUAGGUGUUCCAACUGGUUGAAGUGAUCUGAGAUGAAAAAUAGCAGCAUGGAUUCUGAUAGAUCAGGGUUACUGUACUGAUGUCUCCAUUCGAAUUGGUUGAUUGGUUAGGGGAAGUCUAUCAGGGUCGCCGUCGCUUGUGGGUGAGUGUGUGUGAAAGAUAAGAGUUCUCUAGCGCUGCUGCGAAGGAAAUGAAGACCAAGAAAAGACGAGAUCGACCUUCGGCCCAACGACAGAUAGAGAGGGAGUGACCAGAGGACCAAUCUUCAUUCACUGCAAAAUCAUGCUCCAAAAUUCAAAAUCGGGAUGGAAUCCAGAAAAAAGAAACCCUUGACCAAUAGGAAAAAUCAGCCGAUUUCACCAGAGAACGGGGUACGGCGGCCAGUUCUUUAGUAUAUGAUUGAUCAGAAUGGAGAUGCCAAUUAGAAAAAGUGGAGAGACAGUGCCUUCUCAAAAUGGGAGUCUGACAGUGAGAAUCGAGAGAUUCAGUUGGUUUCCAAGUUGAAGUUUUUUUACGAUGAGAGCCCCCAGUUUACUUCCAAAGCAUGUAGCCGCUGUCGUGAAAUACCAGAAGGAUCCCAUUAGGGCCUUGGAAAUGUUUAAUUCAGCUUCUAAGGAAGAGGGCUUCAAGCAUACGCUGCUUACAUACAAGUGCAUGAUGGAAAAACUGGGUUCUACUGGUGAGUUUGAAGCCAUGGAGCAGCUUCUCUCAGACAUGAGGAUGAAUGUUCCAUGUACCGACGGUUCACAUGAGUAUGUUUAUGUUGGCGUCAUUAGAAACUAUGGAAGGCGAGGAAAGCUCCAAGAGGCUGUUAAUGUAUUUGAGAGGAUGGAUUUUUUUGGAUGCGAACCACAGGUCAGGUCCUACAACGCGAUAAUGAAUGUUCUCAUCGAACAUCGGUAUUUUGAUCAAGCCCAUAAAGUUUAUCUCAGAAUGCUGGAUAAGGGUAUAAACCCUGAUGUAUAUACUUUUACAAUUAGAAUCAAGGCAUUUUGUAGGACUCAGAGACCCCACGCUGCUCUCAGGCUUCUCAAUAACAUGUUAGAGCAAGGUUGUCAAGUAAAUGCAGUAGCACACUGUACUGUGAUUGGUGGUUUUUAUGCAGAGAAUUACAAGAUAGAAGCCUGCACUUUGUUUGUCGACAUGCUGGAGCAUGGUCUCUGCCCAGAUAUAGCUACUUUUAAUAAGCUGAUACACGCUCUGUGCAAGAAAGGUGAUGUUUGUGAAAGUAGUAGACUACUUAAUAAGGUCCUCAAGAGGGGCGUGUUUCCUAACGUUUUUACAUACAACAUACUAAUGCAGGGCCUUUGCAAACAAGGUAAUAUAGCAGAGGCUAGCAGUUUACUUGACAACAUGAUUGCAAAUGGACUGAAACCUGACGCUAUUACGUACAACACGAUUAUUCUUGGCUUAUGCAAAUCCCAGAAGGUUGAGGACGCGGAGAAUUAUCUGCACAAGAUGUUGAAGGAAGGAUGCAAUCCUGAUGAUUUUUCAUAUAAUACUGUUAUUGAUGGUUAUUGCAAGAUGGGUAUGUCUCAAAGUGCUUUUAAGCUUCUUAAAGAUGCAAUUUUCAAAGGCUUUGUUCCUGAUAGGAUAACAUACUGUUCUCUGAUUAAUGGCUUAUGCAAUGAAGGUGAUCUAGUUUGGGCAAUCGACAUAUUCAAGGAGGCAGCUGGUAAAGGUUUGAAAUCUGAUGCAGUUGUCUACAAUGCAAUUGUAAAAGGUUUAUGUCAACAAGGAUUUGUACUGGAGGCAGCUCAGAUGAUAAACAAGAUGUUAGAGAAUGGUUGCGUUCCUAACAUCUGCACCUAUAAUAUAAUCAUAAGUGCAUUGUGCAGAAGUGGGGAUGUUAACCAGGGUAACUGGCUUAUGAAUGAAGCUAUACUUAGAGGCUGUCUUCCUGAUAUUUUUACAUUCAAUACUUUGGUAGAUGGAUACUGCAAAAGGAGGGAGUUGGACAAAGCUCUGGAGGUGGUUGACAGAAUGCGGAAUCACAAUAUUACUCCUGACACAAUCACAUAUAACUGCAUUCUUAAUGGACUCUGCAAGGCUGGGAGAUCUGACGAUGUUAUGGAAAUAUUCAAAGAAAUGAUAACGAGAGACUGUGCUGCUAAUGUUAUCACGUAUAACAUUUUGAUUGAGUGUCUUUGUAAAGGAUCGAAAAUAAAUGAAGCUUGUGAGCUAAUUGAGAAAAUGGUACAUAAUGGUUUAAAACCUGACGCUGUUAGUUACAGCACACUAAUCCAUGGACACUGCAAGAAUGGUGACCUUGAGAGUGCCUAUAAACUUGUCAAGGAAAUGGAGUCAAGUGUUUCUCCUACCACUUCUGUAUAUAAUAUAAUGAUCCAUGCAUAUUCUGAAAAGUUAAUGGUGCAGAAAGCAGAGAAGAUUUUUAAUAAGAUGGCUGACAAGGGGUGCUCCCCAGAUAAGUUCAGUUACCGAGUCUUGGUUGAUGGGUUCUGUACGAUCGGUGAGAUUGAUAAAGCUCACGGUUUCCUUGUGAAGAUGGUGAUUGAUGGUUUUAUCCCAAGUUUGACCACAUGUGGUCAUGUCAUCAAUUGUCUCUGCAUGAAUCGACAAGUUAAUGAAGCUGUUCGCGUCAUUCAUCUUAUGGUUGGCAAGGGCUUAGUUCCUGAUGUCGUGAAUACAAUUUUUAAAGCUGACAAAAAGGAGGUUGCAGCUCCGAAGAUACUUGUGGAAGAAUUAUUAAAGAAGGGUCAUAUAACUUAUAGUGCCUAUGAGCUUCUUUAUGAUGGUGUUAGAAACAGGAAACAAGUUAAAGCAAAAUCUCGUCCAAGGAUGGGGUAGACUCUACCGUAUUACUUUAUGUGUAAAUGAUUGAUGUUCUUUUGGAUUUUGAUCAGAACUGCGACUAAGGUAACACCACUGCCUGAUAGUGUUUGCCAUUCUCAUGUUUGCCAUUCUCAAUGAUUAUGGUUCUGUUUGCAACUACUCCUAGACCUAUCUGAUAUUUGAUAUAUGUUCUGAACGGGUAAAGAGGCAGUAUCACAAAUCACAAAUGAUAUUUUGACUUUUAAAUUUCCACGGACAGCCUACAGUUCAUGGUCCUACUUCCUAGGCGUAUUCACUUGUUUACCCUACGUUGUAAAGUUGUGCAUCACAGGGGCGUUAACAAUUUCUAAACUACUGCGAUGCCGGCUGCAUCUACAUACUCUAGCUGAUUCUUAGUAAGCCAUCAAAAUGACGUCUUUCACCAGAAACCAUUGAAAGCAUCAAUGUGGACACAGAAACUUUGCUCUUAUGCAGGUUACAAACAGAAUGUGGGCAAAAAUUGAGUUUGAUUGGUAUCAGCGUAAAUAUGCAGGGCCUCUCACGAGAGGAUUACUUUGUUAUUCCCUAGCACUAGGAACUGGACCUUCAACAGUGAGACAACACAAUGGCUUAUGAGCGCUUUGCAGCCGUCGCGAGCUUGAAGAAUUCAUCUUGUGGGGUGUGAAUGGUCUUGCGCAAGGAGCUUUUACGUGGAUUUCAUCAGUUUGUCAUGCUGCUGGCAGACAACGCUUCGUUAUCCUAGGGUGGCAUGCAUGAAAUGGACGAACUUUUGCUGUCUGGAUUGAAAAUUCGUCAAAACAUUUGGGAUCUCAAGGAUAUAUUGAGACCAAGAACAAAUGAAGAAGGCGGCAAUUACAGAGGGAGAACUGGUGGUUUGCUUUGCGUUUUUCUGAUUUAGUUCAUUGAGAAAGAGUGACUGGAAGAUCAUUAGAUUAGCUCUUGCACAUGUUCUUGUAUUUAUGUAUAAAAGGAAUGAGUUUAUGCCUUGGAGCGUAAA